CAGAUAUAUGAAUACCUAAACAAGUAUGUGAUAGGUCAAGCACAUGCCAAGAAGGUGUUGUCAGUAGCUGUUUAUAAUCAUUACAAGAGACUAUCAGUUAACUUGCCACAAUCCCAGCAAGCCUCAACACCUGCUGAAGUCAAACCAGUUCCUGUACAAAGACAGUAUGCUGGAUCACCACAAGGUGCUCACUGCUUCAAUUCAAGCAUUAUUUCAUACUUGCAUGAUACAUGUGUAUACUUGUUUAAUGUGCCAUGUCUUCAAUCAAAGUGUUUGGUAGUUUUUUGUUUGUUUUGCAAAAGUUUAAACAGGUCAGUAGUGUCCUUCUUGACCACUGUUUCCUUUGAAAACAAAGAGAUUUGCAUAUUGUAUGCAUGAAAUUCAGUUUUCUUCCAGGUCAACUGAUCAAAUUUAUAACAUGCAAUAAUUUGUUUUCAUUAUUAAAACAUAAAACGCUUUUGAUCCAUGGCAUUUUAUUCAAUGGAAAUGAAAACACUUUGAAGGCUUUUGGUUAUAUUCCAUGUUGCUUAUUUUGUUCUGUUUUCAUUUAGAUAAAUGUUACAGCUUGGUGUACAUGUACAUGUAUUUAUCUUAACUUAAACUGGUGAAUGCUUUUCCCUUUUUAAAAGAAUUACAGAUGCUUAUGACACAAACAUCCAACCUCAAUUCUCCAUUGGGAGCUAGUGGUGUUCACUCACCUGCACAAUUACGUGAACAAGCUGGAAGUGACAUACUAGACUCAGAUGUAGAAAAGAUUCAACUGGACAAGAGUAACAUCCUUCUGUUAGGGCCAACCGGCUCAGGUAAAGAACAAAACAUUUUAGUGAUGAAAAAAGAAAAAAGACAAAUUUUAUUAAAGCUCUGUAGUACCUGUUCUGUAGUCAACCUUACUAGCUAAAUAUCUUAAGACUCCUUCAUAGGAUUUAAACCUGAGGCAGCGAUUUUGUUACCUCUGCGUCUUGCAUCCCUGACACAUAAAAUUCCCAAAGACGCAAAACAAUUUGUGGUAUGCGUCCCAAAGGAUGCAAAGAUCGAUUGAUCAAUCGGAAGAUGUUUUUGUAGAAUUUCCUGUUUGUGUGAUUUCUGUGGCUGUUCUGUGUCUUUUGUUUAACGACACAUAUUUGUUUUAGUAGUUGUUGUGCUUGACCAUAGAAGGAGUAUAAUUAUUUUAAUUUCUGUAAACUGUAAUACAGAGUUUAGGAGUCUCUCUUCAGAUUAACUGUUUGGUUACAUAAAGACCCAGGGCAUUGAACUGGGGCUCAAUGGUUCUGGAGUGGGACUCAUGAUUUUUCUCAACAUGAGUUCCAGGACUCACCAUAACUGUUUGUAACAUAAUCACAGCUGUGGCCUCCCAAACCCUAGGUGGGUUUUGUAUUCAGUGAGCUAUGGGAAAUCCUCGAGGGCAAGGCCAUAAUGAGUAAAACUUGGUUCAUGACUGAUGUUUGUCAAAUGAUCAUGCUAUAGUAUAUCAGCCACAGGCUCAAAAUUUAAAACUCUGUUGAAUGCCUCAUUAACUCUUUCCAGGAAUAAAGGUAGAUUGGGAGGGACUGCCUUCCGUACAAUGCGUACAGUGUUCCAAACAAGGCCUCUGCUUGUCCAAAUUGAAUCACCUAACGGUGGUGUUAGUUAUCCGCUGGAUAGAAUGUUCACCCACUGGCAGGAGUUAGGAAGGGGGUAGGGGGCAGGGGUGACCCUUGCAUGUGCAGGGGGGGGGGGGAAAGGGGAAAAAAGGAUUAUGUCCAUUGGAGAAAACAGGGGAAAGGGAAAAAUAUUUUUACCUGCUUGAAAAGGAAAAAAAAUGGGAUAAAAAGUUAACUUAAAUUCAAUGCCAAAUNUUUGAUCUUGUGUGCGGUAACUUGUAAUUCAUUUUAAUUCAUUUUUAUUGAAGUAGCCAUUUGUGAGGGGUAAAAAAGUCAGGUUCUUGCCUUUUCACAUACAUAUUUUAUGACUACUUUAUAAAACUGUUUUUUUAAAAUUUUUUUCAGGUAAAACACUAUUAGCACAAACAAUAGCUCGCUGCCUUGAUGUGCCAUUUACGAUAUGUGAUUGCACUGCCUUGACACAAGCUGGAUAUGUGGGUGAAGACAUAGAAUCUGUGAUUGCCAAGCUCCUACAGGUUGGUUUAACCAAUUUUUAUAAAAGGAAAGUCUUAAAUUAUAUCAUACCUAUAGUUCCACUAAGGCAGGGUCAAAAUUAGUCACAGAACCAAUAAACACAAUCAUUUUAUCUGGUUUUGGAUUACCACUGUGUACUUUGAAAAAUAGCUUGUUCACACACCCUCUAUUUUCUCUUCAAAGUUCGUCUAGUGCGCCUGAUAAAAAAACAAAAACCGCAGGAGAUUUAUUGACCAUCAGUGCAAGGGGGUAGGGGCGGGGGAACUGUGUACAGACUACUUGGAAACCUGUUGGAAUUUCUUUUCAUGAUAUUAAGUCACUUCUUUCCAGUUGUAAUUUCAACUCUUUUGUUAUUUUGCUUUCCUACCUCACUUAACAGGAAGCUGGAAACAAUGUUGAAAGAGCACAGCAAGGUAAACUUUUGAUUUUUGCCUCCAACUGAUUAUUAUUUUGUAAACAUUCUGUAAAAUUUUGAAAAGCUCUGUCAAGCUCUGUCGGCUCCAUAGAAAAUAACUCUAACUUCACGUUGCAUUGCUUUCUCAGGGAUUGUAUUCUUGGAUGAAGUUGACAAGAUCGGUUGUGUUCCUGGAGUGCAUAACUUAAGAGAUGUUGGCGGAGAGGGAGUACAGCAGGUAAAACGUUCAGCAAAUUCUAAUCUCCAAGCUUUUCCCUAAUCUCCUUCAAGAUCAACCAUACCUGUUGCGUGUACUAAAACUUGGAACACGAAACAUCCCGCAGCACUCUAGGACACGUCAAAUUAAUAAAACAACAUUGGGGAAAAAAUAUUUCAUAGGUUAGGGGUAGGGUUUCUAUUUGUCUUUUUCAUUUUACUUGUUGUCAGGUUUGCAGCAUGAGUGUACCAGAGUGUUGAAGUGUGUUCUGGUGUUCAAGGUCUUAGUACAUGCUGCCUGCUUUGAGAAAGGUGUCUAUCACUAACAUACUUACCUAAUACUAUUUGGGAAGAGGAAAGGGGCAGGUGGCCUGGGAGAAUAGGGAUGGAGGGGCACGGAAUGCGGAAGAUCAGAGAAGAAAGAACGGGAGGUGAGAUUUAAAAAAUGCAGUAGGCGGAAGAAAUAAGGGGAAAUUAAACAACUGUGCUUAUAAGAAUUAUCGAAAAAGGGCUUAAGGGAGGAAGCGAGGAAAAGAAGGUGGCUGGGGUUUCGGACCGCCUGUGCCCCCAGUAUAGCUCAUAGCUUUCGAAAAUAAUGCAGUCAGUGGAGGAGGUCAAAAAUACCUAUUCUCAGCGAAUUAGAAUUACGUAAAACAGCGAUUGUUUAAAGAGAGACUUGCUCGUCAGUUAUUAUACAUGGUGCUUCAAUUAUAAUUUCAUUACUAUUAAGUGCUUAUGAAUUAUGUUAAUUUUGUGGUGGUUUAAGAAAAUUACUUUGAAGCUCCUUGUUCCAUUUGGUCAAUGCAUUUGCUUUACUUGGAUUCUCUUCUCGUGGUUGGCCUCGUUUCACCUAGCUUUUAAUUCAACUCUUUUAAUGUCUCACUUCAAUACGGGUAAAUUUUGAAAUUACGUAUAUUAUGACUGAUGAAAUACCUUCUUAUCUCAGGGUUUGUUGAAGAUUCUUGAAGGUACAGUAGUGAAUGUGCCGGAGCGAAAUUCACGUAAGGUGCGAGGUGAAAGCGUGGCUGUGGAUACUAAAAACAUCUUGUUUGUGGCAUCUGGAGCCUUUAAUGGACUGGACAAAAUUAUUAAGAGAAGAAAUCAGGAGAAGGUACGGUUACAGAAAUUCAUUAAAGUAACAUUAAAGUUAUAAUCUUGAUACACAGCAAAAUGCGAGUCUAUAAUCACUAUUUGAGUGGCAAUUUUUUGACCAGCCCCACACUGUACGUAGCUGCUAUGAGAGAGAUACACAUGUAUAGAGUCACGGUUACGUACGGCAAACAGCAAAUGGCAGAUUCAAGUUAAGAGUUUCCCGAAAUAGAAAAUAAGCAGAUAAAACAGACAAUUUUAAAAACAGUUCUUAUGGGUGAAAACUCGAGCUCUGAAGAAAAACAGUUCGAGUUAGCGGGGAAUUUGAGUUAUCGUGGUAAAUCUUAAUGAAAUUUUGAUCAAGGGAAUGGAAAUUGAGUUUGAGUUGGCGGGGAGUUCGAGUUAUCCGAUUUCAAGUUAUCGAGGUUCUACUGUAAUUUAAAACUUAUAACUUUUUUUGUAAAAGAACAGUUUAAGACGAGUAAAGGAAAACUUGAUCAGGUGGUACGAAUUUACUUUUGCCGCAUGCCGUUUGCCGUAAACGCGAUUCUAAAUGUUUCUAUUUUCUUUUGCGUCCCCGUGACGUAGAAUCUGAAUGUACUCCCAACACAAACGGGACUCAGGUUGUAUGGGACAAGCGUUGUUGAUUGAACGGAUCCUUAGACACGUAAGUCCAAAAGGUAUCGCUGCACAUUUUGCAGAAGUGAAUGAAAUCAUCACCGACUUGUUAAAGGAAGGAAAGCCUGCGAACAGCAUUGGUCGAGCAUACUCCUUUAUUUAUGAUUGGUACUAGCUUAGUAAAUUACAUGAGUAUUUUGAAGCUUUUGGAAUUCUUCCGUUUUUAGCAAAAAGACCUAGAAGAGUGGUAAAGACCGGAUACAUGUAGACAUGAAGACUCCUUUUCUCUUUCCAAUAUAAUUCAUUAAACUCGAGGAAUGUCUUUCUACAGUAUUUUCUUCUUCAUGUCGUCCUUUACUCACUAGUCUUUCUUCAAUCCAGGUGAUUGGUUUUGGGGCUCCAAUAAGUGACCGUGGCUCGAAAGAGAAAGAGCUAGACAUCUUCAAAAACUCUCAGCCGGACGUUCGCGAAGAUAAUGCCGAGCGGGACAAGCUGCUUAGCCAGGUAGAAGCACGGGAUCUUGUCGAGUUCGGGAUGAUACCCGAGUUCGUGGGUCGUCUUCCGGUGGUGGUAAGCUUGCACUCCUUGGAUGAAGGUUCUCUGGUUAAGAUUCUUACCGAGCCUCGAAAUGCCUUGGUGCCGCAAUAUCAAGCGCUGUUCAGCAUGGACAAGGUGGGUGAUCUCCAUACGUAACCUCUCUGUUACGAACUGUCGACCUGGUUCCAAACUUCAUACAGUUUCGCCAUUUAACUGGGCCGACUGAACUUUUGCAAAGACUUCUGGGUCGGUUACAGGGAAAAAAAUUGCGCAACAGCUGACCGGUGUUCCAGUGAUAUGGGCAUCCCCAUUCCCAAAACCCUAGUGAUAUGGGCAUCCCCUUCUCAUAUCACCUUAGCGAUUUGGGCUAGAGUUAGGGUUAGAUUUACAGGGGAUGCCUUUAUCGCUAGGAUUUUGGGAAUGAGGAUGCUCAAAACGCGGGGAUACCCAUAUCACUGUGACACCGGUGCGUCCCCAGUAACGAUCGCAGGAGUAUUUGCGAAAGUUCUCUCGGCCCAAUUUCCUUACAGAUCCCAAAUUUAAUCACAUACAGUUCUUUUAAUACGUACACAUCUCUGUUGUGGACAGUUUUAUGGGUUCCAGAGAUACAAAACUUCAUACAGUUGUCCCUGCCUCUAUAGUAUGGACAUAUCUCUAUCAUAGACAGUUUUCUGGGUCCUAUAGAGGCACAAAACUUCGUACAGUUCCUCCUUAAGAAAUGCCAAACUUCGUACAAUGCCUAACUCUACAAUACAUGUACGAACACAACUCUGUAAGGCAGGCACUUGGCUCUGUCCCUUUGCUGUCCGUAAUAAGGUUUUGUCUAUAAGCAUAGAACAUUAUAAAAGUAACAGUUCUCGCAUCGGCUAGCAACACGUUUUCUAAUCUUAUGUAAUAAUGAUGAUGAUGAUGAUGAUGAUGAUUACGACUGUUCUUCUGUACUCCUCGUAUGACAAAAGUACAUUUCGUUUGUUUCAUUUUCUCGUAAAUUGUGCAUCAUAAAGAUAUUGUCAUGUGAUCAUAAUUAUAAUAUAUGGACCCUAUAAUGAAAUAUUUCUUUGUCUUUGUUUGUUAGGUUGAGCUGAAUCUCAGUCCUGAUGCCUUAAAGUUGAUUGCCAAGAAAGCUUUGGAAAAGAAGACUGGUGCCCGCGGCUUGAGAGCGAUACUGGUAUGCACAAAAACAAUCAAUAGUUAUCAGUACAACAAAUAAUUUAACUUUUGUUUAAUACAAGGUGUUUCAAAAGUUCGUUCCGAUUGUAAAUUGUAUUUUGCGCAAAGCAUUUAAUGCUUCCUUAGGCAAAUGUAAGCUGAUUCAGGGAGGAGAUUUAUCUAAAUAACCGUUCAAUGCAAUUUCAAACUAAAAUUUGAAGAAAUUAUGAAAUUUUUUAAAUUUUUUCCCCAAAUGUGCACGUACGCGAAUUUUUUCCCGCCAUAUUUUUCCUGCCCAUUUUGUAGGUUUUCUGUUUUCGUUUUUUUGGCGUUUUCUUUUGUUUUCUCUACUCUUUCACGAAAAUGAAGGCGUACACUGUUUGUGCUAGAGCUCAGACAUCUAUUUUUACGGUACUCUGUCCAUUUAGUCAAAGAAAUUGUCAAAUUGUUGAAGAAGUCUGAACGACGAGAGAACAAGUGGUCAAAAGUAAAGACCUUACAAGACAAACCAAGGAGUAGAUGGCCGGGUUUUUUUACAAACUGUGUGAAAAAUGUUAUCGAAAAAGCUUUAAGCAUAUGCGUAAUAAUUCAACAAGACUGAAAGGUAAAAAGAAAACUUCAACUUCACAAUAUCAAAGUUUCGAGCACAACGGUAUGGGGAUAUGUGACCAACAAAGGUUGGAAAGCCUUGAAGAGAAAAAAGGCGGUGCACACUUCAUGCAGGCAUGGCAUCAGAAGAAUUUGCAAACUUUAUACCAAAGGACGACCGGCCGGCAAAGUCACGUGAUGCGAACUCUCCUAGUAACCAUCUGGAUUAUCGUUGAUGAGACAACAUACAAAGAUUCAGCCCCCAUAACACUGGACUAGCUAAGACAGCGACCACACUUCACCUGGAAAAUUUUGAAUUUAGACACGUUAUGGGAGCUCGUACAUUCUAUACCUCACCGCCCAGAAAAUGUCAGAAAUCAUAAAGGACGACAUUCUGGCUGCUAAUAUUUCAGUUAGUCAAUGUUAAAUGAAUAAUGAAUGACAUGCUUAGGUUUACAAAAGUUAUCUUUAAUAAUCAUUGAAAUUUAAGCGAAGAAAAAAAUCGGAACGAACUUUGGAAACACCCUGUAGAAGUGUCAGAUGUUAUUCGUGUUAAUUUUCCAAACGUUUGGCAUCUACAAUCGGCAACAAACUUAGUUGACACGCUUUCCCCUAAAUGGCCUCUCUGACCAACUUAAAAAAGAGGAAAAUACAGCUUUUCCUCUCCCACCCACUCCAUUCAUAUUGUGCCGCUCAGUGUUCGAGCUACCUGUAGAAAGCAAAAAAGUUCCCCAACUUUGAAUUGAGCGGAGGGGGAGGUGUGUGAAUUGUUUUGUUUUCCAAAGUUUUCUCCAUUUGAGACAAAGUCUCAACAAUUUUGUCGCCGAUUGCAGCCCUAUAUCUAUGGGAUACAGCAACUGCGGCAUCGGGUAUCGAAUUCGUAAUAACGCGGAUAGCAUUGCUAGACUGGCAAGUCCCAAAUUCAAGAAUGAAAUACAUCUCCUGCUGUUAUUGCCGUAAAGCAGACGCUAUGCAUCUAAACGUCAUCGAUGGUGUGUAGUCAAUUGUUAUGUCCACGAAGGUGAAUGAGAAAACCGAAGCUCUUUAACGAACUUCAACUAAGAACCUUAUAAUUACAUUUUCAAAAAUCCAUCUCGAACUCGCAUGUCUCUUUCUUUCUUACUCAUUCGGAACUGAAACGAUUAAUACUUUCAUACACUCCCGUAGUUCCCUUGAAAACCAUACCCGAUUCCAGACCAAAAUGGGCAAAGUGUAUACCCGUUUCAGACCAAAAAGGCCCCCAAACCCUAACCGUUGGGGCGGCACAUACCUAUAUGCCUUUUAUAAGAGAGUACCCCCCUGGGAUUUACGUAAGCCUCCUGGAUAAAACUUGCGGAGAUUCCAAUAGGAAUCUAGCCUUUGACCUUUCGAUUACUGGCUGCCAGCCUGGAGUUUGGGAGGCUACAGGUACAAUUUCUGCAGUGGACGGUAGAAUUGUCUGUCAGUCUUUGCCUCACGUUCGUGACUUCAGUGACUUCAGUGACUUUGUGACUUCAGUGAACGUUCUCACCAUCGUUCUUUUGUGACGUCGUUUUCUCCCCCAUGUUACAGAUGUGCAGGAAACUGAGCAAACUUUGGCCGUUUUUUGUCCGGCCCAUACGCUAUGUUAUUGUAUUUGAGGCUUGACUUUCUUUUCUCUCUUUUGACAUUAUUUCUGCUUAUUUUAGGAAAACUUACUACUUGAACCCAUGUUCGAUGCUCCGGGCUCUAACAUCCGGGCGGUUUUCGUAGAUGAACACGUGGUAGAAGGGAACAAAAAGGCUGAAUACGCAAUGGCCCCAGAAGAAGAUGUUCCAGCGGAUGGAACUGAAGGAUUUAACGAAGAAGAAGAAAGAUAUGCUGGAGACGCUUCUUCAAGAGUUUAA